AUGGAAAGAUAUUUCAUGUGUGUUGUACUUUUGGUGUUUAUUGUAAUUGCACAAAUGUGCUUGUGUGCUAAUUCAAAUGUCCCUUGCAUAGAACAAGAGAGACAAGCCCUUCUUGAUUUCAAAGCAUCCAUUUCACAAAACUCACUAAACAAGCUUUCAUCAUGGAAAGGCACUCACUGUUGCCAAUGGGAUGGCAUUGACUGUGACAAUCUUACUGGACAUGUUGUCAAGCUUGACCUCAAGAAUCCUUGGUACCCAGCAUUUUCUUGGCGACCAGAACUAGAAGCUUACCCUUCCUCUGGUGACCGUUUGGAUGAUAUGCCAUUAACUGCUCCAAAUGUAAGCUCAUCUUUGUUGCAAUUGAAACACUUGACUUAUUUGGACUUGAGUGGAAAUGAUUUCUGUGGGAGUUCAAUUCCUAUGUUCAUUGGUUCCAUGGAACACCUUGAAUAUAUCUCUCUCUCUCAGGCUAAUUUUAGAGGGAUGAUUCCCAACAAUCUUGGAAAUCUCAAGAACUUACAAUUUCUUGAUCUCGGUUUCAAUUCAUUGGAAAUAAAUAGGGACACCACUUGGAUAUCUAAACUUCAUUCACUCAAUCACCUUGACUUGACUUAUGUCCCCCUCAAUAACAAACACAAGUUGUUCCAGGUACUCAAUUUACUUCCAUCUUUGCUGCAUCUUUCUUUGUCUUACUGCCAACUUGACAAUUCACUUAUUCCUCGUCAUGCUCUCCAAAACAUGACAUCUCUUGUCUAUCUAGAUUUAUCAUGGAAUUCAUUUCAUGGUUCAUUUCUCGAGUCUUUUCAAAACAUGACAUCCAUUGAAUUGCUCUACCUUUCUGAAAACAAUUUCAAUUCUAUUCCAUCGUGGUUUCGCAACUUUGAAAAACUUACCCAUCUUGACAUUUCUUCCAAUGACAUCCAUGAUCCAAUUCCAGAGGGUUUUCGAAACAUGACUUUCAUUGAAUUCCUUGACCUUUCUCAAAAUAGUUUAACUUCAAUUCCAUCAUGGUUUGUUGAGUUCAAGAGACUUGUGUUCCUUAAUGUUAGGUGGAAUCAACUCACACUUAAUGAAUACUUUCUAUCAUCAAUCAUAAAUUCCCUGUGCCGCCUAAAAGUACUGCAGUUAUCACAUAACAAGCUUUACACAGAAUCAAUAGAACAUUUUGAUAUAUCUAAAUGUAUUACAUAUGAUUUGCAAUAUUUGAAUUUAGGGUAUAAUAAUAUUAGUGGUCACCUGCCAACUUGGUUGGGGAAAGUUGAAAAUCUAAAAUACCUUGAUUUUACUUCAAAUUUUUUCCAUGGGCCUAUCCCUUUGUCAAUAGGAAAGCUAUCAAAACUGCAGUUGCUAAGACUAUCCAAUAAUACAUUUGAAGGGCUUAUUCCUGAAAAUAUAGGCCAACUUGUCAAUUUAACUUACUUAGAUCUUUCUUCUAAUAAGUUUGAUGGUUCAAUUCCUCAAAGCCUAUGGAAACUUGCAAAUCUAAAUCAUCUUGAUCUUUCAAAAAAUUCUUUCAAAGGACUCAUUCAUGAGAAUAUAGGUCAACUUGUCAAUUUAACUCACUUAGAUCUUUCUUCUAAUAAGUUUGAUGGUUCACUUCCUCAUAACCUUGAAAAACUUGCACAUAUGAAUAGUCUUGUUCUUUCAAACAAUUCUUUUAAUGGGGUCAUUCCGAAAAGUCUUUGUCAACUUGUCAAUUUGUAUUCUUUAGAUAUUUCUUCAAACAUGUUGGAUGGAAUAAUGUCUAUGAAAAAAGGAUGUCUUUUAAAUUUGAAUCAUUUGAAUCUCUCCCACAAUCAAAUCAGCGGUCCACUUCCAAAAAAUAUUGGCCAUAUAAUGUAUUCGGGGGACUUGUUUCUAGGAAACAACAAGUUAAAUGGUUCAAUACCAUUCUCUCUGUGUCAAAGCCAAAUUGCCAACCUUGACCUUUCAAACAACAAAUUGUCUGGUGAAAUUCCAAAUUGUUGGAAGGAUAAUCAAAUAUGGUCUGAGAUAAAUUUGUCAUCCAACAAACUAACAGGAACAUUCCCAAGCUCAUUUGGUAAUCUUUCCUCAUUGUUUUGGUUGCAUUUGAACAACAAUAGCCUUCAAGGAGAGUUUCCUGUGUCUUUUGUAAACUUGAAGCAAUUGUUGAUUUUGGAUAUUGGUGAUAAUUAUCUUUCUGGGAGUAUUCCAUCAUCAUGGACAACAAACACCUUUCCUUUACUACAAGUUCUUAAACUGCGACAUAACAUGUUCAGUGGUAGCAUUCCUUCACAACUAUGCCAACUCAAAUCGCUUAAAAUUUUGGACAUUUCGAGAAACAAAUUACAGGGUUCGAUACCUAAAUGCAUAGGAAACCUUGAAGGAAUGAAAUUGGAAAAAAUAAUACCAUCACCAUUUCACAUGCAAUCAUACGGAGCAAUUACAGGAUUAAUUACUGAAGGUCCUCCUACUACAAUUGAAGACCCCUGGUCUACUGAAGUUGUGACAGAAGUGGUAAAAGGAAAGGAACUUGAGUAUGCUAAAAUCUUGAGACUUGUAGUCCAUAUGGACUUGUCAGAAAACAAUUUGGUUGGAUUCAUUCCAAAUGAAAUCACAUGGCUCACAGGACUGCAUAGUUUGAAUUUGUCAAAUAAUCAAUUGGAAGGAGAGAUUCCCCCAUUGAUAGGAAAUAUGAAGUCACUAGAAUCAUUGGACAUGUCUCAUAACCAACUUUCAGGCAAAAUUCCUAGCACCAUGUCUGCUUUAACUUCAUUGAGUCGUUUGAACUUGUCACACAAUAAUCUUUCAGGACCAAUUCCCAAAGAUAAUCAGUUUUCAACUUUUAAUGACCCAUCAAUUUAUGCUUACAAUCCAUACCUUUGUGUAUCUCCACUUCCAAACAUGUUCCCUGGUGAUGUUUUGCAUGGAACUUCUGAAAGAAAAGGUAAUGAAGAAGAAGAUGGGAUAGAAAAAGUAUGGUUCUACUUUGUGAUAGCAGCCGGUUUUGGGACUGGGUUUUGGGGAGUUAUUUGGACUUUGUGGUUCAAGAAGAAUUGGAGACAUGCAUACUUCAGAUGGGUGGAAGAUGUUGUUGAGGAUAUAUAUGUGACAAUUGUAGUAAAAAUGGCAAAGAUGAAGAAGAAGAUGAAGAGAAACCAUAGCCAUGAGUGA